UAAUUCAGCUGUAUAGAGACGCCUUAAAUGAUGCUGAGAGCACCAUCAUCAUCCUCCUCAUCAUCUCGUGCUGAUCUCUGGGCAGAAGGGGGUGUGUUCUCAUCACAGCACUGGAAAUCCCCCCAUUAGUCACAUAAAAGCGACCCGAACGCCAGUUCUACAUCAUAUUGACUCUCGAUCCUGAGCCGAACGAGGAAUUUAAACUAUGUAGGCACGGUGGACAGGGUUUAAAUGGGCAAUCUGAUGGGCAGCUGGAGAUAUAAGGAGCCGAGCACAGUGGAAGAAUGCGACUCGACGUGGGAAACGGACUCGGAGAGCGACGAGCUUCAGCCGGGAGGAGAGGAGGAGGACAGCGGCAUCUCCGAAUCCAUGAGCCCGGCGGAUGCAGUCAGAGGAGCCGAACAGCUGGAUCACGGAUCACCGAAGUUUGGUGACAUGAUGGAGUCCUCUACUAGGAUGAAAAGGAGCUUUUAUGCCGCAAAGGACUUGUACAAGUAUCGGCACAGUUAUCCGAACUACAAGGAGCCUCGUCGUCCGAACGAAUAUCGCAAUCUGAGGUUCUAUUUGAAUAAGAUCCCCCUGGUGCCGGAUGGUAUUUAUAUUGAAGAAAUCCUCACUAAAUGGAGGGGCGACUAUGAAAAAUUAGAGCACAAUCACACAUACAUUCAGUGGCUCUUCCCACUCAGAGAACAAGGCCUAAAUUUUUAUGCUCAUGAACUCACUCAGGAUGAGAUAAAGGAAUUCCAAAGCACUCGAGAAGCCAAGAGACGUUUCCUCCUAGCAUAUACAAUCAUGUUGGAUUUCUUUGGAAUCAAGCUCCUGGAUAAAAACGGGAAUGUGGCUCGGGCCACAAACUGGCAAGAUCGCUUCCAGCACCUGAAUGAGUCGCAGCACAAUUACCUGCGUAUUACUCGCAUUCUGAAGAGUCUUGGUGAGCUGGGCUUUGAAAGCUUCAAGUUGCCUCUGGUGCAUCUGCUGUUGGAGGAGGCGCUGGUGGAGGGCACUUUACCCAACAUGCGUCACAGCGCACUGGAAUACUUCAUCUACACACUGCGCCAACACAGUCAGAGACGCGCCCUGCUCCGCUUCGCCCAGCGCCACUACCAGCCACCCGAGAACUUCAUCUGGGGGCCACCCAAGAAGAAGCGCAUUCCGGCCUUUGGAUCCACAGGGAUGAAGUCAGGAAAAAAUGAGGUGGUGGAGAAGAGUGUGGGCAAAGCCAGGUCACCCAGGGAGGGCAGAAAUAACUUGGAGAGAGAGGCAGACGACAUUGAUGAUAGGAAGAGUGGAGAGUGGAAAACAGUGAAAGGGUCCAAGGUCCUGCAGGAGGGCAGGGGAAGGGUAGAUCUAGAAGAAUGCAUUGAGACCAUUCCUCUGUAAGAAAGAGAGGGAUUCUGGGAAUUCUCAGAGUAUAGCUUAAGAUGAUCUUAAAGUUAGGUAAAAGAAUAGCACAGCAAUAUUCCAUACUAUUGCCUUUUAGGGACUUGCUUUGUGAACAACUUGACUGUUUGCCUUUUUUUUUAUAUGAGGUGUUUUUCUUAACUCUGAAUACUUUUCAAUGUGUUAGCAGGUAAAUUUCUCUACUGUAAUUCUUACUUGCAGCCCUCUGGAGAGUUCUUAGCACAUGUACAAGUGUGAGUAUAUAUAAGUGCUACCUGAGCACAUUGUUUGUGUGAAAUAUUGCACUUUUUGACUAUUCAGUCUUCCCCUGUUUGAGAACAUUAUCUUAGUGUACAGGCUUUAUUUGCUAAUCAUAAGCCCGUCUCUCAGACAGAUGUGUCUUCUUUUCCGUGUUCAGAGCUUGCUGAUUAUUCGGAUAGCCUACUCGUAGCUCCUUGUAUAAGACCAUAAUAAUAAUAAUGUGUAGUAAGUGUUAAUAUACUUGCAGGAAUUUUCAGGUAAUUGAUCUUCCAUGUUUCUAUAGGUACGUGUGAGAUCUUAAUCCAGUUUUCUCGAAUACGUCUUGCAAUAUGAAGUGCCUCUUCUUUCGUUUGUUAAAGCAUACAAGGCGUGCUUUAUCAUUUCGAGUCGGAAAUCGUGCAGUAAGCCGUUUGUUGAGACAAGCAAUUAUAAGCUAAACAAACUUGAAUUCAGACUAUUUUGUGUUUUGUUAUUUUUUGAUUAAACAAAGCCUUAGCUCUAAUUUUUAAUGGAAAUAAAUGCCGUAUACUCUACUAAAUGUGGUGUGACAGCAACCG